AUGGAUACAUAAAGCUCUGUUGAGUAUGAUUAUUUUAGACAUGACGUUGUAGAUGUUAAAGGAAUGGGUAAAAAGAUAGUCAAAAAAAACAUUUUCAAUACAGAAUCUCCUAUUAUGAAUUUAAGAUUUGAUCCCGAAGACACAAUGAUUGCUGCUGUUUGUGGAGAUGGAUCUCUAAAAAUAUUUCACUUGCAUUCAGAUUAGCUUAAGGUAAAAGUAAAAACAGGAAAACCAAAUAUGAAUGUGCCAGCUACUUGUUUAAGAUGGAGACCAACAGCUUUUUCGGCCUCUACUAAGAAUGUAAUAGUGACAGGAGGAGCUGAUGGGUAGUUAGUACACUGGCAUGUAACCACAGGAAAGGAACUCAAUAGGAUAGAAGAAAAAGGAAAUCAAAUUAACUCUAUAGAUUACAACAAAGAUGGAAGUCGCUUUAUAACUUCUGGAAGUGAUAAUAAAAUUAGAUUAUAUGAUGAAAAUGAAAAAUCUUUAGUAUCAGAGUACAAAGGUUCAGAAUGGCAAGAUCCAGGACACAAUAACAGAAUUUUUUCAUUAAAAUUUUUACCAGAUGAUCCUAAUUUAUUCAUAAGUGGAGGUUGGGAUACGAAUGUACAUAUAUGGGAUAUAAGACAAGGGAAAUCAGUAGGAGGAUUUAUAGGACCCAAAAUAGGAGGUGAUUCAUUAGAUUAUCAAAAUGGACAUAUUUUAACAGGUGCAAAUAGAUCUAGAGAUUAAUUACAAAUAUGGGAUUUUAAGUAAAGAACUUUAAUUAGAACAGUUGAUUGGAAUUAUGGUAAAAAAGAAGACACUGGAGCUUUUGUUUAUGGUUGUCAAUUCAGCAAAUGCAAUUCAGAUAGCAUUAUUGCUGGUUCAUUUGGUUUAAAUGAAGUUAGGCUCUUUGACUAAAAUAAAGAUUAUCAACCUUAUGGAUACGUAACAGGAUUUAAAAAGGGAAUAUAUUCUGUUGAUUUUGGUAAUUUCUCUAACAAAUUCGCAUUUGGUGGUGAAGAUGGAGGAAUAUUUGUAAUGUCUGUUACAGCAGCUUGA